AAAAAACCCCAACCCCAAAACAGAACUCCUGCAGGUGCAGGGCUGUACCCGGUGGUCUGUGCGUGGUGCAAUUGAAGCCCCAUGAACUUCAGCUGAUCAUUAUAGCUUAUCUUUAGAAGUUCAAGGCCAGAAAGAUUGUUCUUACUAAGUACUGCAGAAGGGAGUAGCUUGCACAGAUCAGGAAUUUAUAGUUAUCUAAGAAUUUCUUCUUUGCACCUCUUCCUCCUUUGAAACUGGUUUGCUGGCUUUGAUGUGAAUUUAAGGGAGACAGUAGGGGAUAUUGCUUAGAAGGAUCAAACUCUUGUACUAGAGUUAUAAUACGAACCUUGUAACAGCUUCGUGUUCCAAAGGAGAAACAAUUUAUUUGUGUGAACAGUUUAUUAUCUCCCGAAUAGUUGAACAUCAAUUCUGUAAUGAAGCUAUAUUGUUCUGAGACAAAAAAAUACGGAAUUUUGGUAGUUUGUGGUGGCAAAAACAAUGGCCAUUAUGUUAAAUACAGCUGUUAUGACCCAAUUACAAACUUUUUGCUAGCACUGCUUAGUGACAGAGUUGACAGCAACCUGCUCCACAUUUUAACCAACCUGAAGUCAAAUAGUUUGUGAGUGUUGAUUUUGGGGCUCAAAAACAUGCUGGAAAUUACAUGUUUAUAAAAUGUAAGUUACAACUGGUAAAUCAAACUACAGCACUAGUAAGUUUUUAGUUGUGUAUAUACCAAUAUAGUAAAGUAUUUCUAGAAUAUUUGCAUUCUGUUGACUGCACUAAAGUAUAGUAGGCAUUGUAGGAAAAUUGCAGCUGUUGGCAUUGCAUGAUGGUCUGUUUUUUAAAUCUACUAUUUAAGUAGUUCUGUUACAGAAGUUAUUUAACUCCAUUUACUACUGAUAAAGUAAAAACACUAGAAUGAAUUGUUUGUACAAUGCAUAAGCAUUUAAUUAAGUCUGAGCAAUUACCCUUUUUAUUGUUUAGGGAAUAAAUACAGCAGCUCCUUGUUAAUAAUUUUGAAAAAGCUGUGAGAGAAAGUGUCAGGGGAAUUCCAAAUUCCUUAAUUUGUCCAUACAGACAAAGGAUGAAGUCAACCAGAAAGCAUGUUAAGUAAUGUUUAGAGAGGUUAUGUGUCUCUCUAAUUGCCUCCUGAUGACUGCUGUCUUUCAUCACAUUAAAUGCAUUUAUUAUAUUUAGAUGCAAAGUCACCUCAUCCUAAGAGAAAAACAAAAGAUGAAAAUGUAUUAACCGCUUCUUGUAAUAGUAGCAGUAGGUAACACCAAAACUUUGCUUGUAAUGAAGCUUUGAUUUGGGCCCAUUAAUCAAGCUUGAAAUUGGCCUGUUCAGCAGAAGAACAGCAGGAGAGAUUUUUAUCUUUUCAGUAAUACCUUUCAAUGAUUACUGCAAAGGGAGGAGGGUAGAGCUGAGCAGUACCCUUCUGAAAGGAAUUUAGAAAAUCUCUUUGGUAAUUUAUUUGAGCUGCUGAGAACACUUAAGUUAGUUUUACAUGUUUCUGGAACAUUAUACUAAUGCAGAAAAGCUCCAUAGAUGUAUAACAAUAAAAAAAAAACAAACUACUGUGUGUUUCUGGCAUUUUACAAUGUGCAAGAGCAAGUGACAGAACUGAAAUAGUUGUGAAAUAUUACUUGCAAAUUUUGAUUUAUGUCAAUAUGUAAUUAUCAAUACACUUUGUGAUCCCUGAUAGGCAAACUGGGAAAAGUAUUAUCUAGAAAGAAGGACCAGAAUAUACACACAAGAUGGCUAAUUUGUGAACCCUUUUUUCCCCACCCCCUGAUGUGACUCCAGUUGGGGAGUCAGCCUAUUCCAGCUAGCCAGUGUCAGGCCAAGAGGGCACUGUCUUAACCUCUGCCAACGGAAGUUAUCGGUUGGGCAUUAGGAGGAACAUAUUUACAGAAAGGAUGGUUAGAUAUGGGAAUGGACUGCCCAGGGAGGUGAUGGAGGCACUAUCUCCAUCUCCUUAAACAUCUCCAGGAGGUGUUUAAGGAAUGACUGGAGAUGACAGUGCCGUGGUCUGUUUGACAUGGUGGUGUUUGGUCAUUGGUUGGACUUGAUGUUCUCUGAAGUCCUUUCCAACCUCAUCAAUUAUGUGAUCCAUUUUAGUCUGUUUUUGUAUGAGUUAACAAAAUCUGUGUCACUGUGGAAUAGUGUCUGAACCUUCUCAUGCUCAUUGUUGUGUAUAGCUGUUGUGGUUUUCUGAGGUGAUGUGCAUGCUGACGGGCUGACUGCUGCUACCAAGAAAAAUCUGUGGUAGCCAAGUGUGAAAAUUUUUCAGCUACCCAUUCUUUCCACUAAGUAUUUCAUGCUGGAUGUCAUCUUCUUUCUGGUUGCAGUAAAUAAUAAUAAUUAAUGAUAAUAAUCAUCAACAUCAACUCCGCUGCUGCAUUGUAUUUUCAGGAGGUAGAGCAAUUUCACACACAUAUACACUCAUGAAUAUUGAAUUUGUCUUAAGAAAAAACACUGCAGAUUUGGGAUAUCUCAUUUUGCUUGAUUUCAGAAUAUGAACAUUUAUGACACUAGGAUUUAUAAAAAUCAUUGAACAGCCCACUGAGUCCAACCACUGUACCAAGUCCUGUACAAACGUAGAGGUAAAAGGGGCCCACUGGUUACCUUAACCUCUGAGGGGGAAAAAAAAUAUGUAUUUCAGUUAAGAUAGACCCUGUGUUAUCACUCAGAUCCUCUUUAAAGAUAUCAGUGUAGAAGAGAUGCAGGACAAAAGGAGAGGUGAAAUAAAAAUGUGGAGCACCUGAAAAGCUGUGGUGAAGGAAGCGAUCAUUGUGUGAAGGCUGACUGUGUAGUAGUGCAUGUAUCCUGGACAAGUCAUCCUGAAGGUGCCUGUUCUGGUUAGAUGUGUGUUUGAAUACUGUGGAGACAUUCACAGCUCCUAGGCUACUAGAGGAACUUUCCCAUGGUGUUCUGCUUUCACGCCCAACUCUGCUGAUGGUAACCUAUGAUACAGUUUAGUAAAGCAUAUCCGUGAAAAAAUAAUGUCAUGUGCCAUCGUAUUACAAAACUUUUUGAUUUUCAACCUUUCUUCCCUCUUCCCCCCAUUUGUUCUGUAGAAGCAAAGGAAGAAUGAAGUCAGCAAAGGUUCACGAGUCAUCGCUUUUGAGAGCAGAUGAAUCACUAUCGAGCUGCAGCUGAAACUGCUCAAAGUGAACUUGCAGCACUUUCAGUGAAGUAUGACUGUGCCCAGUCAGAGCUUCUUAAACUCAGGUCGAGCAUCAUCUCUAAAGAAGCUUCUUUUCAAGAGCUGAAGGCUGAAGCUGAAAGUUAUAAGGAAAACAAUGCUAGACUGAUGUCUCGCCUCCUGUCUUUGCAAACACGAAUCCAGGAGAUGGAGGAAGAGCUGUGUGUGCUUGCCACUUCUAAAAACCAGGCUGAGCUGACAGCUCAGGUGGCAUAUAAGGAAAAUUUGGAGCUGAAGGAUGAGCUUCAUGAGAAAAGUACCAAACUUAAUAAAUAUUUGAAUGAGUGUGAGGAAGACAUGACUCAAGCUUCUAAAAUCAGCAAAAACUAUGAAGAGCUCCUUACACAUCUUUCUGGAUUCUUGGACAUAGACAUCAGAGAAAAAGAGAAACCACAGGAACAUUUAACAUCAAAGGUCUCUGAAAUAUGUAAAGAAAAUGUGACUCUAAAAGACCAAGUUGCUGCUCUUCAAGAAGCUGUGAAUGUCCAUGAGAUGGAGUCUAAAGCUAACAGAGAAACUAUCAUGAGACUAGUUUCAGAAAUGGCCAAGGAGCAGAAAAAGGCAUCAGGAUACUACCAAGACAUGGAAAAACUUAGUAAGGAUCUUGACAGUGCUAUAAUAAAGAGACAGAGUUUAGAGCUGGAGAUCAGAAACCUCCAAGAAAAACUGACAGUUAACCAGAAAGCUUUGGAUACCUCAAAGCAGGAACUGCACAAUCUGAAGAAAUCUUCCAGGGAGUUAGAUGCAAACUUGAAGAGUAGCAGAGAAGAGGCCAGGACUGCUCAGGACUCUUUAGAAGCUUUUAAAGAAGAAAUUGCUACCCUGCUCAGCUGUGGAUCUGAAAUAGUUAAACCUUCUGAGAAGACCAUUUUGGAGAGGAUCCAAGAAAUAAAUUGCAAAGAGGAGAAUAAAGAAAUAAUGGUAUCUCAGCUUGAAACACAAUUAGUUAAAUUGACUAAAGCUUUGGAGAAUCAGACCAGAUUGUACCAUGAAGCCCUGGAGAGGAGCAGGAAAGCUGAAAAAUGUUCUGAGAAUUUCCACAAUCAAGUGAAGCACUUGGAAGAAGAAUUAUUAACUGGAGACCUGAUGCAAGAUGGUUUGAAGCUUGAGAAACAAAAAUAUCUUAAAUUUCUGGAGCAACUUAAUGAGAAGAUGAAGCUGGAUAGUCUAUCAGCAGAGGUUGGAUUUGAUAUGACUAUGGAUGCGAUUCUGGCCCGGGUAGAGCAGUUGGUGAAACUGGAAGGUGACGCAGUGGUUGAGAACAAGACUGUGGCAUACAGCCUCCAAAGGAAGUUGAAGGCUCAGAAAGAAAAACUUGAAAGCAGAGAGCUGCACAUGAACCUUCUGCGGCAGAAAAUAACCCAGCUGGAAGAAGAGAAGCAAGCAAGGACUGCCUUAGCUGUGGAAAGGGAUGAGGCCAAUCUCACUGUCAGAAAGUUGCAUAAGGUGAUAGAGAGGCUACAGAAGCAGCUUGAUCUGGCAAGGGAAACAAAUAUGGAUCUCAAGGCCAAGCUGUCUGAAACCAGUGAGUUUAAGAUCAAAACUCUGGAACAGAACAAAACAAUAGAGGAACUCAGUAAGUCUCAAGGCAAAUUGGAAAGAAUGAAAGAAAAAGCUGAGAAACAACUCAGGUCUGCCAAAUCAGAACUUCUUUUAAAGGAGCGUAAAGCUACAGAAGAUAAAGAAAAAAACAAAAAUAUGUUAGAAGCAGUUACCAGUGAGGUGAAGGUGCUUAAAACAACCCUUGCAGAACUAGCAAAAAGAGAGAGACAGCUGGCAGAUUUCCGAGAGGUGGUCUCGCGGAUGCUGGGCCUCGACACUGCCAGCCUGGCUCUUCCUGACUAUGAAAUCAUUACACGCCUUGAUGGGCUGAUUCACUCCCAUCAGCACCACUUCUUCCCCUGUGUCUGCCUCAAAGACAUGGCAAGGACCCCAGAGGAGCAGCAAAGGAACAUCCAGCUUCUUCACUGAGCGGAGAUGGAACAAAGUGAAAUUUUCUGUUUGCUUCCUUGCCUGCUGGACCUCCACAGAAAACAUCUCUGUUUCUGUUCCCUACCCUAAAGACACCAACUAGGGCUGAUUUUUAGAACCUCAACAGAGAGACUGAUAGGAAUGGGUAGAGUAAAUCCAGCAGCCUGGAGAUGGCAAACAGAAAAUCCCUGGGCAGCUUAAUACUUCAGUUAUGAAAAUGAUGGGAAACAGAUCAAGGAUGCCCUCGAGUUUCAGUGCAGAGGCAUUGAAGUCAUGGGUCACCAAGGUCAGUACACAGUUGUGAGAAGUUACUGGAUGUCUGCUUCAGUGGCAUUCCUUGUGUUUUACCUGUAGUUGACAAGGCUGAAAUCAAGUAGGGGUUGUCCUGCUGAUGUUCUUCUUGCCACCUGUGAACAUCUCUGCAUUUUUACACUUAAGGGCUUUAGACAAUUGUCUGCAAGUUAGAGGAUUAUCUCAAUUUUGGAACAAAAGAUUUUCUUUUUCUUCUGUUGGUUUCUUUUGUCUGCUUAUAUGGCAAAACAAAAAAUUACAUUUUUGCAGCAAAGGCUUUCUCACAGGGUCCCAUCACGUGCCUCAUAUAGAUAUAUUUGGUAAAAUUGCGUGUUGGCCUUGGUUAUGAUGUCUUGAAAAUUUUGCUUCCAGCUGCUGUAUUCCUUGGCCAAUUAAUGCACAGUGGCAAUUCUUCUGAGUUAAUGAAAAAUUAUUUUAGAAUUCUUGUUCACUACAGAAAAUAGUUGAGCUACUUAAGUGUUUAUUUUCAGAGAAGUGAUGAUUGUGAGGUGUACAAAACUACCUCUUAGUCAUAAAAACUGCUUUCUGAGUGUUGUUAAACUUCAUGAUUUUUUAAAAAGAAAUGUGGACAAUAAAUCUCUUUUAAUAGCACAUUCAAACUUCA